CUUCCAGGUGCAAAGCUUCCAAAUAUGUGCUCAAAGCACUUAGUUCCUGCGAUGGUGAUUGGACGUACUAGCCGAUGCAAGGCAGAGCUUUACAUCUCUUGUCCAGAACCAGCAUUCGCAUGCCAGCUACGCGUAGCUAGCUACACACAGUGCACAGCUUUUAAGAACACAGGAACUUGCUGCAACGAUUGAAGAUUGUGAGCAAUAGAACAUCUGGUUGCCCGGUGUAUCUUUUGACGAGCUCAGCUCUUAGCACAACCUCACUUUUGAAAUACUCUACUCUUGCUAAGCACACGAUGCUCACCAAACUCACCAUUGCGUCCGCAAUUCUCAGCCUCGCAUCUGCCCACCCUGUCAAAAAUGCAAUCCUACCGCGGCAGUCAAGUGGACCAAUCUAUCCGGAGAAUGGCACCUUAGUGGAUCCUCCACCUGUGACUAAAUUCACGCGCCCCAAUCCGACAUACACUGAUGAGCAGCUCCUCGCGCUGAAGACAGCCUACACUACAGCGGAGAAGAUAGGACUACUGGCGAGUUAUGGCUCACCAAACGACUACUUCAAGUUUGACCUGACACCGAACGGCUCCGCUUCGAACGCUGCCAACGGAUUGGGUGGCCAAGGCUACCUCGCCUUUGUGCAGAACUACCCUAUCCUCAUCGGCACAGGCGUCUCCGUUGCCAUCGGCUACCUCAAUCCCUGUGGUCUGGACAGCAUCCACCUACACAACCGGGCCGACGAACUCGUCACAUUAGUCAAAGGCACCAGCCUCAAGACCGGCUUCGUCCUCGAGGACGGUUACGACCAACCAAUAUACACCGAAAUCGGCCUCUACCAAACCACCAUCCGCCCCCAAGGCUCCCUCCACUGGGAAUUCAACGACAACUGCGAGUCCGCCGUCUUCGUAGCUGCCCUCAGCACCGAAGAUCCCGGUGUCGCCCGCACAGCGCAGAACUUCUUCAUCAACCCGCAGGAGGUUGUCGACGCGAAUCUUGCGUACCCGAAGUGGCUUGUUGAUGUGAACACCGCCGAGUACCGGACGCAGCUGCCGACGGCGUUUGCGCAGGGGGCGAAGGCGUGCUAUGAUAGGUGUGGGAUCGAGUAUUUUACGAACCAGGCUGGUGGGGGUCCGAAUGCGCCGGCGCCGAAGGAGCACGUUGAUCUGGGGUUGAAUGAUACUAGUUCUUCGUAG